CCUCACAAUGAAGCUUCUAACAUUUCUCUUUGUGGUGAGCGUUGUGCUCUACGCAGUGGUUGCGGAGACGGACUACUACAAGAUUCUCGGCGUGUCGAAGAAGGCUAGUGACAAGGAAAUCAAGUCUGCGUACCGGCUGUUGAGCAAAAAGUACCACCCCGACAAGAACUCUGACGAGGAUGCCCAUGAAAAGUUCAUAGAGGUUGGUGAAGCGUAUGACGUGCUCUCCAACGAUGAAAAGCGCGCUACCUACGACAAGUACGGUAAGGAAGGACUCAAGCAGGGCGGUGGCCAGCAGCAGCAGCAGCAACACGGGUUCAAUCCAUUUGGUGACAUGUUUGGGCAGCAAGGUUUCCACCAACAGCGGGGCCGGCAGAGAGGGGGCGACGUGGAGACCGUCAUGAGUGUGAGUCUCAAGGACUACUACAACGGUGGCGAGUUUGGCGUGGGGCUCGAAUUGCAGGACUUGUGUCCCGCCUGUGACGGCUCCGGUUCCAAGGACAAGAAAACCCACAAGUGUUCCGGAUGCCAGGGCUCUGGUGUGAAGAUUAUGCGGAUCCAGUUAGCACCGGGCAUGUUUCAGCAGAUGCAAACCACUUGUGACCAGUGUGGUGGUAAGGGCAAGGUGGUUAAGCACAAAUGCGGUACCUGCGCCGGUUCCGGGGUUGGCAGAGGCUCCAGAAACUACAAAGUCAAUAUUGAGCCUGGGAUGGGCAGAAACCACAUAGUAACAUUCCCAGGUGAGGCGGACCACACUCCAGACGUUGAAUCAGGCGAUUUAAAAAUUGUGUUGAAGGAGGCAGCCGAAGGGAACAUGGGCUACCACAGACGCGGUCGUCAUUUGUACAGAACUGAAGCGCUCACGCUUCGGGAGGCGAUGUUCGGAGGCUGGCUGAGAUCGGUUCCGUUCCUCAACGGAAAUUCCAUUGUACUCUCAAGGGCAGAGGGUGGUACUGUGGCGAGUGGACAUGUGGAGGUUGUCAAGGGCAAGGGUAUGCCUGUGCAUGGUAAGUCUGAGUUUGGGGAUCUUUUUGUGACAUACGAGGUGAUUUUCCCGGGUGGGUCAAAGGGGAAGGAGGCCCUCAGGGAUGAGUUGUAACUGACAAACUGGGGCUGAGACCAAGGCCGAGAUCAAAGAUCUUUUGAAGCCAAAGUUUUAGAUUCCGAAUUUUAUAAAGUUAUUUUAGAUCCGGCCUGCGGUAGUGAUAUAUAUUUCCUCCGAACGUCGAAGUUUCCGAUAGACUAAAUGUAGGUGGGUAUACCUGUAUUAUAUGACAUAUCUACUAUUCUAGAUGGGAUAUGGGGAGCAUAAUCGUGCAGGUGAGAAUACCAGGUUGGAA